UAGUUGCUUGGAAAAGUAUUGCAUUUGCUGAAUGCUACUCAUUUGGAGCUGCUGCUUUCAGUGGGACGGGAGGUUAAUCGAUUAUGAUAUGGAUGGCUGAUUGAGGAGUGGUACAGGGAUGGAUGGGUGGAUGGAGAGCAGUGGAAAGCCAAAUAAAUGAACACCUGGAAUUGAAGAAAGAAGUCAAACUAUAUAUCAGGCUUCAGGUGAAACUUCAAAGGAAAACUACCAGAGGCAUAUUUCUAUUUUCAAGAAAAUUUUCCUUUUCUUGUAUGAAGUUGGAGAGAGGAUAAGCUUUUCUAAUACUGAGCUGCAAAAACAAAUACCUGGAGAAAUGGGUUCAACCAGUGCUCCAAGAGGAUGCGGUUCUAACAUCAGCUCCAUAUAUUACAACCUGUGUGAUCUCACCACGCUGUGGGGUGUCGUGGUGGAGGCUGUGUCUGCUGCUGGUGUGAUGACCUCCUUUAUUCUGUUUAUCAUUCUCAUGGCAUCAUUACCAUUUGUCACGGACAAGAAGAGAAAGGGUAUGGUUGCUCUACAGGCCAGCAUUUUAGUCUUCACAUUAGGACUUUUCGGGCUCACCUUUGCCUUUAUUGUGGACCAGUACUCUACAAGCUGUGCUGCUCGGAGGUUCUUGUUUGGAGUGCUGUUCUCAGGCUGCCUCGCCUGCUUGGUGAUGCAUGCGCUUUGGCUUUCCCUGCUGAAACGAAGUGGUCAAGGCCCGAGGAGCUGGCUGCUGUGGCUGGGAGCUCUGAGUCUCUGGCUCGUUGAGGUCAUCAUCAACACCGAAUGGCUUGUCCUCACAGUGGUCUGGAGCCCACCUGGAGAAAUAGUGGUUCCUGACCUCUCCUGUAGCAUUGCCAACAAGGACUUUGUACUGUCCCUCAUUUAUGUAAUUGUUCUGAUGGUUGGUGUCGUUCUUAUGGCUUUUCCCUCAUUAUCACACAAGCACAAGCAGUGGCGCCGAGAUGGUGCUUUCAUCCUGGCCACGGGACUCUUUACCAUAGCUAUCUGGGUAGCCUGGAUCGCCAUGUACAUCUACGGAAACAGAGCGACUGGUAAUCCCAGCUGGGAUGAUCCUACCCUGGCUGUAACUGUGGCAUUAAAUGCCUGGGUGUUCCUUGCCUUCUACAUAAUUCCAGAAAUCUGCCUUCUGACGACACAAGAAGACCCAGACCUCGAGGAGCCCCAGGAUGGAGAGCAUGUUUAUCCUGCCAGGAGCCUCACGUACGACACCACACUGAAGGAGCCAGAGCCAGAGCCCCAAAACCUGUACAUAGAGAAUAAAGCUUUCAGUAUGGAUGGAACACCAGAAGAACCGGCAAACUCAGCAUCUCCGUAUGGCAUCUACAAUGGUCAGCUUCGAAGCGCUGUGUACCAGCCAACAGAACUAGCACUUAUCACCAAAGGUCUCACAAUGAUGAACCAAGGCGUGAUGAUACCUCGGGCCAGAGCCCCAUCUUUGAAUCCAGGGAGUGGCGCCAGCUCCUUGUCUCGUUCACAGGAGUCUUUAGCUUCCCAGUGACUGGUCAUAGAUUUUAUGCUUUCUUUUUAUUUCCCUUCGAAAGAUGCUUUAAUAUUAAAGCAACACUCAGAAGGAUUAUAACUGUUGUUUUCUAUACAGCAGUAUAAGAGCGACAGUGACUUAAGAUUAUUCACUUCUAGAUGCACAAAACAAAUAUUUACAUAUGAAAAUAUUGUCCCGUUUAUAUCAGUAUGUGUUCUGUCAGAUAAAAAUAGUUCUCCAGGCUAUGAAGUGUACCAGGCAGAAACUUGGAGCUCAACUCCUAGCCUCGCUCUCUGAAGACUUUCUCUACCUACAGUUGAAACUAGACAUUUACUGUACAUACAUGAAUAAAAAGACACAAACACAUUUUUUCUUAAUGUCCAAAGUUAAAUCAGAUCAAACUCUUUGUUUUAGCAGGUGGGAGGAAACCCAAAAUGUUUCACCCAAAUCAUAUAUUAUAAAGGACAGUUUCCCUGACACUGACCAAAUGUAUCUUAAACUUUUGAAGUUGAGGAAAGUUACAAAAAAAAAAUUCUUACUAUGUUUUCUGGCAUUUAGCAAAUAGAGAUAUUUUUUUUAGUUCUAAAUAACCUAAAAUAGGAAAAGUUUGGUCUGAUUUAAUUUACAACUAUGAGAAAAAAAUGUGUUUGUCUUUUUAUGCCGUGUAUGUAAAUGCAGCUGCAAAAUUAAAACUUUUUUGUCGUCCCUUUCUUUGCAAUCAAAUCUUUAAAGAGGAGCAAUGACUGAAAUAUUUUAGAUCAACCUGAUCAUCUUCAAAGAUUAGGGUGGGAUGAUCGUUGAAAAACACAAUGAUUAGAACUAUAGGCAAAUAGUAAUGUAUUAAUUCUUUUAUUCACUAAAUGUGGCAAUACUAAUUUUGUAGAAUGUUGGUUUGUUUAAAAAAAAAAAUCAAUGUUUAAAAAUAAAUUCUAAGUUAUUGAAUCACUUCACUGAGUGUCGACACUUUGCAAUGUAAACAGAAUGAUGAGCAGGUAAUUUAUGUGAGAUGCUGGAAGAGGAACAUUCACCCCGAUUACUGCAGACAUUUACAUCUGCCAAUCCCGAUAAGGCUUAUCUGAAGCCACAUGUGCUGUUACAGUGCUGCUGGGCUUUACACUUCAUAAAAGUGGGGAACCAGUGGCCGAAAUUAUUAAUAUAUUUUUAAGGAGUACAUUGCUUAAUCUAUUUAUUUAGCAGCACACAAUACAGUGUGGAUUUAAUGAAUAUAUGCUCCAAACCAAUCCCAUUUUGCAGCUGCUUUGACUUUCAAUGAGUCAGUCACCUUUUCUGCAAGGAUAACUGCAAUUAUUUACAUCUAAUUUGUCACCCUUUGAUUUACAGACACACACACUUUUCAUACUUCAGAGCGUCUGAUGAAGCUGUGGCUGCCUAGCAGCAGGCUGAAUCGGCUGAAUUUCUACCAAUUACUCCCACCUUCUCGUUCUGCGAGCGGCGUUGAGCACUCGCUCGGAAAUUAGAUGGAUGACAAACUGGAAAUCACACGCUGCAGCUUUGUAGAGGGAAACGUCACAGCAAAUGCUGAGAAGUGCUUUUUCCUGUGGUGCUUUGAGCUUGCUUCCCCUGGUGUACAUGAGUGAUAAAAGGUUUUGCAAAUAGACCACUUUUACGGCACAGAUUUUGAGUUGUCAUACCUCAGGAAGCACGGGUUAAUGAAUGAUGGUAAAGGGAUAUUUCAACAUCUUUUUAAAAAAAACUUUGUGAAGGAAAAUAUUAGUAAUGGUGGUCUUUAGGCACGGGCUAAUUACUGGUAAUGCCUUGUAUUGAAAAAGUGAACUCCAUCAUUCCUACAGUUUAAAGUACUUUAAAUUCCAUGUCAGGAAAAAUGCUGUAAGGAUUCUUCCCAAACAACUGCUGCACACAGCCAAUCAGCUGGCUGAAAAAAAGGAGCGAUAAAAGGUCGAUACUGUCUUAUAGAUUUUCUAUAUGUAAUAAAAGCAUGUUUAUUUGAAAACAUCUAGAUUUAAAUUGAAUAUUAAUAAUAUGCUCAAUUUAUUUUGAACUAAUAGAUAGAAUUGUUGCUUUUGUGUUAAACACAAUCAGAUCACAUUAUGUAGUUUUAUCUACAUAAAACUGGUAUUUUUACUGAGUCUUGUUUAUCUGCUAAUGCUAAGAUCCCUCACCUGUAAAAAAAUUAUCCAUUUAAGGAGGUCUGUGUUCUUUUUUGUGACUCAAUAAAUCUUGACAGAGAGUCAAAUAUGCAGAACAGCUCUGCUGUUUCCUCAUGUGGAAAACAGUCUGUACACUAAAACAUUUUGUGCCAUAACCUAGCCAAAUGUCAGCUUUGGAAAGGGUCUAUAACAUGCAAAGAAGCACCGUCCACUUUACAAAACAAUCUAGACAAAAAGCCCAAAACAAGGAAAAGGGGUCAGGUUUACAAAAAGCCCAUCACAUACCAGUUUAGCUGUUUGUGUGUGAUAUAAAACAACAUCUGUUCAAUUUAGAUUAAUGAAAAACAUUACAGGGCGUUUCAAAAUGCAUUAGACGGUAGCAAGGAGUUUCUGGGUGUGGUAGGUGUUUUGUACCUGGUCAGUGACCCAGAUUGGUGCUCAGAAGAGCAGGAAGCAACUGUAAACUUCCUGAUAGCACCAGCGGCUGCGUGACGCGCUGCAGCGGGGGCGGAUGUGCUCAGCUGGAGGGAGUCAGCACUCCCAUCACAUGCACUGGCCAUGCAUUUCCUAAUCACUGCCAGAGGAACAAAAACAAGUUACGAUCUAGAGAAGGCAAGAUCUGCUGCAUAACCUGGUAUCACUGUUGCUAUUGUGUAAAUAGCAUCAACACAAUGUUUGCUUUGCAAUCCAUGAUGCUUUUAAAUGGCUAAGCUCUCAAACAAUGCUUCUAGGCUUGUGCCAAUGUCUUAACAAAGGUCUUGUUCAUGUCAAUAAGUCUUUAAAUGGAUUACAAAAUUAAAAAGGUGCACCAGUCUGGCAGGUGCUCCACUUU